CUCGGGAGAAUAAGUUUGCAUGUACACCCUGUCUUCCUCCCCCUUGUUUUUUUCCACCCAAACUCCGCCUCGGAGGAGCGCCGCACACCUGGGGUUCGCGUCAGCAGGUAAAAGUGGCAGGGGAAGCCUCGGUGUGCGGUGUGUCAGCUUCCCGAGAAGACGCAUAGCGGUCGGAGGGGAGGAGGGUGAAGCCACGACUCUGAAGAGGCAGGAUGGGUGAGGCAUCGGUCAGAGAAGAUGGUACAGUGACGCGAUCAGCAGAGUAUGUGGGCUCAUUUCCUGUGGAUGACAACUGUUUGGAUGACCAGAUUAAGCAACUGCACACACAGUUGAAGUCCCUUAAAGCAUGCAAGAGAAGGAGACCUGUGUCCCUAAAAUUCUCCAUUAAAGGUGUGAAAAUGUAUAAUGAGGAUGAAACUACCCUCCUGAUGGCUCAUGCUCUGCGCAGAAUCUCUCUUUCCACCGCCCGACCCGUCGAUUCCCAGUUUGCCUUUGUCGCCCACAACCCAGGCUGCACCGACACCCAGCUCUACUGCCAUGUCUUUAAAGCAAGGCACUCCAGAGCGGCCCAGUUCCUGAACCUGCUGCUGUGCCGCUGUUUCCAGCUGUUAUACCUGGAGAAGCACCCAGAAGAGGCCCAGGAAGACUCUGCUGGUUCACUGCCCCAUCGCAAGCCCUCACUGCUCAAUCACGGCUUUCCACUCAGUGUUAGCGCCCUGGUUUCAUUCAGAAGAGCUCCUUUUCGUGGGUUAUUGGAUGGCAUUAAGAAAACUCCAAAGUCUUCGGAUGACCAACAAAGCAGCCAAGAUGAGGUCUUUCCCACCUCCUCUCCCUCCCUGAUGCGCAAGAAAGUCAUACGCACCAAAGCGCUGCGUUCUGGUGCUUACCGCUCCUUCACUUUUACGCCACGCAAACAGCACACCAUUCAGGAGCAACUGAGUGUAUCACAAGAAAAGGAUCAAGACAAGACUCCAGCGAGGAGAGCCCGUGCUUCAAGCUUGGCCGAAACAGAAGAAGCGCUUGCUCAGGCGGUGUAUUGUUGGGCUGGUAUCGCAACUAACAGCAGCUAUUCGCUGCUUGCAGAUGAUGUUCUGGGGUCCUACCUUCUGUGCCCACAUCCUAAAAAAGCCAAAUGUGGUUCUCUAAUUAUUCACUUCCCCUCUGGCCCGAUCACCCACCUUAUUGAAAACACCCGUAAAGGGAAAUUCAUGCUUGAGAAAUGCAAGACUGAAUUCGAUUCCAUAGCUGAGCUGAUUGAGCACUACACAGAGACCCAGGACGAGCUGCCGUGUCUGCUGAGCUGUGCUCGGGUGAACCACUGCUACGAGUGGGAGGAAAGCGUCAGCGGACGGCAGCCUGUGAAGCUUCAGAUGAGCCCAAACAAAGCCAAAGUUAAAAGCACCCAUAAAAAGGAAUGGGUGUAAACCCUGGACACAGGAACAUGUGGACUGCCAACCUUAGAGGGCACAGAAUAAGCAACACUGAUCAUUUCUUUUGCACAUUUAUCUUUUAGUCUGUGUUGUGGUGUUGGGGGGGUUUAACUAUAAAACAGUCACUGUUUAAAAGUGUUGGCAUUUAAUGUGAAUAGUAUACAUUUCCUAAGAGGGUAGUUCUGUGUCAAAGACACCACUCCUGCUUUUUUGUUUUUAUUUCAAAAUAAGUUUUUAAAGAUUAUGUGCCUAUAGGGGAUUUUUUUUCCCUUUUUCUGCUUAUUUUUUUUAAAGACAUUAAGCUAACAACCUGAAUCUGUAACAGGGAAUUAAUCACUGUUUAUUGUACCUGAUGGCAAAGAUGUAAUACCUUUUCUUCUUGUUUCCUUGUCUUGUAAAUAUCUUACUCAAAUAUAUUUGGUCAAAUUUU